AGUCCGUAAGCAACAUCAAUUGAAGAAUCAAUGAGUUAUUAAACACUUUCGCAUCGCUUGUUUACUUCCUACUUGCUUGAGAAAUCUCACAAUGGCAUCAGGUGAUAGGAAUGUCCUGCUUCGGAGGUUGAGCCCGGGUGAUCAGUCAGCCACUCAACAGCGAAUUCUUAAUGAUGCACGUAUUCGCGGGACCGCGCAGUGGUUCUUUGACCAUGAAAGAACACGGGAUUGGCUGCGCGGGAAUGAAUGCCGGGUGCUUUGGCUCCAUGGACCAAGCGCAACCGGCAAGACUUUUAUUACCUCAAGUCUCGUGAGCCAUAUUUUAGAUAAGCAGAUCACACUAAGCACCGGAGUCGCUGUAUUCCACUUUGGUCGACAUGAUCUGCAAUAUAACGUCGCUGAUUACAAUCUUGCACUGCGCUCUAUCACUAGGCAGUUUGUAUCACAGCUUCCGGCAGAAUCUACACUCCCUGCCCAGAUUCUAGAGAAGAUUGAGGACGAUGUUGGAGAUGUCGAAAGUUCCGUGGCUAUACUGCAGAUGCUAGCAUCUGAGUUCAGUGGGGUUAUCAUCAUCCUGGAUGGAGUCGACUCCUCAAACGAGGCUGGUCUACGUGAGCUGAUGGAUAUUCUGUUGGUGAAAAAGAGUCGGGUAUCGCACUUGCAAAUCAUGAUGGCCAGUCGGAGUCCACCUUCGGACGCAUUUAUUGAGAGCUUCGGUAUCACCACGAUGACAGCCCGUGCUACCGACCAGGAUUUGAGUUUAUACCACGCAAGAGCUAUUGAUGAGGCACCCGUCAGCGCUGAGCUCCUGGACGAGUCUCAUACGAGGCUAUUUCCAUACCAGAAACUUAUGGAUAUGGCUGAUGGCCGGUUUCUCCCUCUUAUACCACGUUGGUUUACCAACAUUGCGUCGCAACCAAACAAGAUCCUUCUUGGAUUGGUUGAGUCCUGGUCACCACACUCCAGCGUAGAUGUCCCUCGAGCAUUUUGCGAAGCUCUACUCAACGGGAUCCAAGCCACAAGUCAUGCAGACAUGAUCCUCUGCUCGCUUUAUUACCUCGUCACCGGCGAAGAAAACGGAUACACCUUUACUACGCCAAUGCUAUGGAGUGCUCUGAUCGCCUGGGGCAUCAGAGACGAAGACAAGACGGUUUUUACUCUUACACAAAUCUCCAACGCCUGUGCUGACUUCGCCUUCAUUGACCCUAAAACAAAGGUUAUGCAGCUGCGGUCUCCGUUGCUUACGGACUAUUUACGCACUGAAGUAUUCAACGACAAAUACCACUCACGACAUAUAAAGGCUACGUUUCGGUAUUUGACCAGAGGUGACUACGAAGGCGCAUGCAAGUCAUCCCAGGAGCUCAAAGAGAGACUCGAGGCACAUCCGUUUCUCUGCUAUGCUGCUAGAACUCUGUCACCAAGCCUUGCAGCCUUGCCGUCAUUGCCUUACGACAGAGAUUUUCUAAGAAUGACAAAUUCACAUAGAUCUGUAGACUCUUAUCUUCAAGCUGCCGAAGCAUGGCCGUAUAUCGAUGGAGAGAGCUACGAUGAGUUUGAGGCUGAGGAGGAGAGAUGGCGCUGUUAUACGGAAGGAUAUACUCCGCUUCAUCUCGCUGCUCACUUUGGAGCCAGGGAGACAUUGAUUCAAUCUCUUGUUGAUCGUGGAGAUAAUGUCGAGGCUCGGGCGGCGAAUGGACAGACAGCCUUGCAUAUUGCAGCUGAGAUUGGAGAUUCGUCACAUACUGUCAAGCGUCUCUUGGAAUGUGGGGCCAAUGUUGCUGCAGUGGAUGAAGAUGGACUCACACCUCUGGCUCAUGCGAUAGUAUACGGAUGCUUGGAAUCUGUGAGACUGCUCAUUAGCCACGGUGCAGAUAUUAAUACUCUAGAUGAGGAGGAUUUGUUGGAAUGCUGUCGUGAGAAGCCCGAUAUCGCGGAAUUCUUGGUGGGGCUUGGGGUGGAGAUGCCAGACGAUGAGUUAGAGACAGAGGAAUAAAGAAGACAUUGCCAGCAAUUGUAUACUAUACAGUGACAAAAUUGACUGUAUGAGGAGUUUGAGCUGAGUCUUUGCCUUCAAUAUGG